GGAGAGGUAAAUAAAAGCCACCGAUAGACCUUACCCAUUCCAUCCGAAAUUCCCGGCACCGAGAGCAGAAUGGAAGAAAAUAUAUUGUAAUACUCGCAUUUCUCUCUCUAUUAACUGUCUGCUGAAAUUCCACAAACCAACUCUUCACCUGAUUUCUGGAAAGAGGCACUUACAAGUAGCAAACUUUUCAAGAUGCAGAAGUGUUUUGGUGUUCUUUGCGUAUCACUUGUACUGUGUGCCACCCUGUCAGAGACGUUUGGAUUGGUUCUUUCGGCGAAGGAAAAGAGAGGCUGGACUCUGAACAGCGCCGGGUAUUUACUGGGGCCUCGUCGUAUUGAACACCUUAUACAGAUAAAGGAUUCUCCCAGUGCAAGGGGGAGAGAAGAGCCGCUUGGUGAAUAUGCAGUGGACAAUCACCGUUCUCUCAGCGAUAAGCAUGGCCUUGCCGGCAAACGUGAGCUGCAGCUGGAGGAUGACAUCAAAUCAGGUUCACUAAGAAUAAGCGAUGAGAAUGUAAUACGUACUGUGAUUGACUUCCUGACUUACCUGAGGCUGAAAGAAAUGGGAGCUCUUGACAACUUGCACCCUUCGCUCACGUCAGAAGAGGUCGCUCAGCCAUAGCCUGCAUGUUGCCCUGUGUAAAGCUGCUGUUCUGGGAGUCCAGACCCUUUGAAAUGCUUUUGAGUGAACUCAGAUACUCUUGGUGGUCCAGCUGAUUUUUGUUUACACUACUCUUAUAAUGCCAUCUGGUGGUGACUCUUUCAUGGUAUCUGCUUACUGCUUUCUGUAAGAAUAUAAAUUAACAAGACAAAGAUUUUUUUGUUAUAAAACAAUGUCUUGUUGAAUAAACUAGGUAACUGCAUUGGU